CCACAGCUGGUUCUUACUCACUGUCAGAUUAGAGUUUAAUCUGAGGAGGAGGAUACACUGUCAAGACGCUGUCCGCAUCUUGGAAAGACUCUCGGUGUUUUUUCUACUAAAUAAAGGCGCCUUUACUUGCAGCUGUCAUUUCGUCUGCAGUUUCCGGCCUGUACAUAGAAGAUGAAACGCCAGUCUUCCGUUGCUGUCUUUGCCUGUCCGCCGACUUGCCAAUACGUUAAGAUGUUAGCUGGCUAACUAGCUGAAAAAGAGCAACUAAAUCGGAUUAACUGCUAACAGCAACCUCCCUUUAGGUAACAUCCAGGUAUUAUUUGCUAUACUUGACAACUGUUACACAGCAAACGGUCGCCUCUGUUUAUUUUUGUUUUUAUCACAUUUUUACAACAGUGUCAAGAUUACUACUUUGUGCUUUAAGUAUUCGCUGGCAUUAAUGUUGCUGCAAGAUAGCUAGGUUAUUAGCUAGUCGAAACACAAGAAGGGCUGGAGCUCCUUCGCUAGCUAUUCUCCAGUGUUUGUUGGUAAGAGCAGACCCUAAAACUAGUGCCUCCGACCCCAACCAUAAGUCAAGACGGAGCUGACGGCCAGACUAAGGUGCUAGCUUGUCCUCAGGCUAGCUGGCAAAGAGAGCUGUACAAGAUUUUAACCUCGAAAUUAGCCUCCAGUCGAAGCAAAGAUGUCAGGAAAAGACAAAGAAAAACAGGAGAAACAGUCCACAACAGAGCGGCUGAUAAAAGCUGUGCCAUACCCUCCACAACAUAAGCUGACUAUUAAAGAGCUAUUUGAAGAUGGAAAGCCCAACGCGGAGCUGCUCCGCAACCACCUCGUCAAAGAGGGCAGGGUUGAAGAGGACGUGGCUCUGAAGAUCAUUAACGAUGGGGCCAACAUCCUCCGCCAAGAGAAGUGCAUGUUGGAAGUGGAGGCGCCUAUAACAGUUUGUGGUGAUGUCCAUGGACAAUUCUUUGACCUUAUGAAGUUGUUUGAAGUGGGGGGAUCACCCAGUAACACGCGGUAUCUCUUCCUCGGUGACUACGUAGAUCGAGGAUACUUCAGUAUUGAGUGUGUUCUCUACCUCUGGUCGCUCAAGAUCAACCACCCCAACACACUCUUCCUCCUGCGUGGGAACCACGAGUGCCGACACCUGACAGAGUACUUCACCUUCAAACAGGAAUGUAAAAUUAAAUACUCGGAACGGGUGUAUGAUUCCUGUAUGGAGGCCUUUGACUGCCUGCCCCUCGCUGCCCUGCUCAAUCAACAGUUCCUGUGUGUGCAUGGCGGACUCUCACCAGAAAUCAACUGCCUAGACGACAUAAGAAAAUUAGACAGGUUUAAAGAGCCUCCGGCAUUUGGGCCAAUGUGUGACCUGAUUUGGGCCGACCCUGGUGAGGACUACGGCAGUGAAAAGACAUCUGAACACUUCAACCAUAACUCCGUCAGAGGCUGCUCUUACUUUUUCAGUUACUCAGCAGUCUGUGACUUCUUGGUAAAUAAUAACUUGCUCUCAGUAAUAAGAGCCCAUGAAGCACAGGAUGCAGGGUAUCGGAUGUACAGAAAAAGCCAGACCACGGGCUUCCCUUCAUUAAUCACAAUCUUUUCAGCUCCAAAUUACCUAGAUGUCUACAACAACAAAGCUGCUGUAUUAAAAUAUGAGAACAAUGUGAUGAACAUCCGUCAGUUCAACUGCUCCCCCCACCCUUACUGGUUGCCCAACUUUAUGGAUGUCUUCACAUGGUCUUUGCCUUUUGUUGGAGAGAAAGUGACGGAGAUGCUGGUGAAUGUACUGAACAUCUGCUCUGACGAUGAGCUCAUGUCAGAGGUAGAUGACCUAUACGAAGGUGGCACCUCAGCGAUGCGUAAGGAGGUGAUCCGAAACAAGAUUCGUGCUGUGGGGAAAAUGGCCCGAGUCUUCUCAGUCCUCAGGGAGGAAAGUGAGAGUGUGUUAACACUCAAAGGCCUGACUCCGACUGGAACUCUUCCAAUGGGAGUGUUGUCAGGGGGGAAGCAGACCUUACAGACCGCUACGAUUGAGGCAGCUAAAGCAAAAGCCAUUCAAGGUUUCUCUCCUACGAGGAAGAUUCGUAACUUCGAGGAGGCGCGCGGCCUGGACAGGAUAAACGAGAGGAUGCCGCCUCGCAAAGACGGCCAGCAGCCAGACGGCACCACGAUCAACACUAACACCCCCAACAAGAACGGCACUGGAUAGAAACGCCACCCUCCCAUCUUCACACAGCCCACACCCCCUGACUCAUAGCCCCCACCCUCUCUCUUUCUCUCUCUCUCUCCGUCCCUCUCUCUCCAUCUGUCGGCUCUACUGAAACUGCGUAUACAUCUUCUGCUCGGCCGCAGUCGGGCGGGGCAAAGGAAGCGGACACAUCAGUAGAUAAUAAAAACACAAGGAGGCCACAGCGCUGGGAAAACACGUCCAGCUGCUGAACAAAGACAAACAUAUGACACGAUAUGUUAUCUGGACAAAAAUCUGAUCUUAUUUAUUAAAGAUUAAUUAUAUUAGAUAUAUUGUGUAAUAGUAACAAUCAAUCAAUGAAGACAUUUUGUUAAAAUGUAUCCUGUACACUGAAGUCCUAACUUAUACAUGUCAAAAGUAUGAAAAGUUUUAUAAAUUUGAGCUCAGAUAGAUGAAUCCCUUUUAUCCAGGAGUUUUAGUCACUUUGAGUUUUUUUUUUCUUUUUUUUUUAUUGUGCGCACCACGUGUUUGUUAAGGGAAAAUUUGAAGUAUAAUUACUGUGGCCUCAACAGCCUCAUUUGGAUCUUGCAAGAGUCUUGUCAAGAUAUUUUAGGCGCUUGAGGUUCUACAUUACAGUACAGUGUUUGCUUAUAUGUGUGUCAGUUGACAGAUAAAUUAUAUAUGUAUUGAAAAGUGAAAAAAAAUAAGGAAGUAAAUUAUGUAAGAACAAUUACUACAAUUUAAUAUUUUAUACUUAAAUCAGAAAUUUAAUGAAGACUUGUAAUCAUAUUUAUACAUUUUCCACAAAACUUUGAUGAAACCCCAAAGAUGCUCAAUAGAUUUUUUUCUUUUUUGUUCAGUGUUUUCACUUCCAGAGUAACAUCAAGAAAAACUUCUUCCUGUAUUAUCAUUUGUGAAUGAAGCUGUUAAAGUGAAGGAUUAAUGCUUUGUGUGCAAUGAUAGUUGCUGUUGCUGGCUGUUCCUGUGCUGGUAUGACUUGUAUUCACUUGAUGGCAGCUAGGAUGUUCUCGCUCUGCUAAACCAAAAAAAAAAAAAAAAAAAAAAAAGGGAUAUACAGUACAGCAUGUCUUACUCCAUAACCACAACAUCAAUACUCAAUACAUCCUGGUUGGAAGCACGUCUUCUUCUUCUUCUUCUUCUUCUUCUUCUUCUUCUUAUUAUUCUUAUUCUUCUCGGGCACUGAAGUGAAUCCGACCUCUCUUGGAGGUUGUGAAGAUUACAGCACGAGAAACCAACUGACACGAAAGGACACAUUUUCAUCUAUUUGGACUAAAGAGGACAUGUUUGCUUACAGAACAGAGGAACUGCUGAACAUAGUGUCCUCGGAAUAGACUGAUGUUCAUUAUCGCUUAAGAAAUUUCACCGUAUUUAACAGAAUUAUGGCAGUUUGAUUUGAUGUUUUAUUGUCAGACACUAAAAAAAAAAAAAAAUGGGUUGUGCUUUCGGGGCUUUCCUUUUGUUUCUAAAGCUGUAUUAGUGUCUCCAUCUACUGUUGGUGACACAGUGAGCAGAUGUUUUUUUUGAAUUGUAAUUACCAUGCGUAUCACAUAAGGGAAACAUUUGACAUUCGGUGAAGUGACAGCACUUUGACGAUGCUGCACCCAGACACAAUGGACUGAGUCAUUCCCCUCGGCGGGGAUGAUACUAUAAAAGGUACCGCCACCGCACUAACAGCUGUCUGUCAAGGCCCAACAGUACUGUAAUCAUCUCAACCAUGGCUGACUCAUGUAUACAAUGUAUUUUUUUACAGCUCGUGGUCAAACCAAGAUGGGGACCAGUAACACUCGCUGAGGUUGCUGGUGUGUGUGAUUGUUUUAUUCAGGCAUUCAAGCUCUCCUCUGGUCUGAACACCUCCACUCCUCCUCACAGGCACUCCCAGCCCUUUAAGACCCACUUCUUCUUUUUCUUCUUCUAGGACAUAAAACCAACUCUACUGGUGCUUCGACACACCUGACUGUAACUCUGUUGUCUUUUGUCAAUUCAGAAAGGAGGGAAAAUAAGCUUUAAGAUUUGCUAUUCUCUUUUGAAGUUACUCCUUUUCUUUCUUUUUUUUUCUUUUUUUUUUUUUUUUAAUGUUAGGUGAUUGUGCUCAUGUGCCAUGCCACCUUGGCCACACAUGUCAAGAUCCAUAUAUGUGUGUGUGUAUGUAUGUGUGGAUGGUGACCAGAGUCAGUCCAAGAGACUUUCAAUCACACAUUAUUAAAGACUGUGUCAGCAAUAUUAACAUGACAUCCUUAAAGAUUUCCAAAUUAUCGCUGUUUGCUGUUAUGUUUAGUAAAUUGUGGGAAACCUUCCUAAAUAUUUCGGUUUACAUUCAUAACUGUGAUGCUAAAAGUUUGUUUUAAAGGUCAGACUUCAUUGGCUGAGCCAUACAAUAUACUGACCUCCUGUCAGGUCCUAUACACAUUUUGCAAAAUGUAAAUCUUAAAAUAGCUGUAAAAAGGGGUGAAAACAAAUGUACCGUACUUGUCAGGCGAGGCCAUGAAAUCUUUUACGUAGCUGUAGCACUUGAAAGAAAAUAAUAAAAUUCAAAUACAGUGUC